CGACACUCGCUCCAAGAACUCAAGUCCUUGUUCUUCCUGUCAGCUCUGCAGUCUUUUUCUAUCGUCAUUCUCGCGGGCAAUGCCGGCCGACUACGAUAUUUGCCGGGUCGGAUGGGAGGGGUUUGUCAUAGCCCGCCCUUUCCCUCACUGAUACCGUCGAAGCCCGUAGCGAGCAGCAUCGUGUAGGCGGGGCUUGUUGCGCACGUGCGCGUGCCUGACCGCGGGACACGCAGCGAGUUCCUGAGCGCUCGACACGCGCAUCGAAUCACGUGAACAAGUCGCGCACUCGGUCGUCGCACACAAACGGUGGCACAUACACACGCAGAAGGGAUGGUGAAGGCGAUCCGAGUGCAUCGAGCGGGAGGGCCGGAGGUGCUGCAAUGGGAGACUGUGGAGGUGCCGCCUCCUGAGGCGGGUGAGAUCCGAUUGAAGCAUACGGCCAUAGGGGUGAAUUUCUUCGACACGUACAUGCGAUGGGGGGUGUAUGCGCCAGCAGGGUACCCUUUCACACCGGGGAUGGAGGGUGCAGGGGUUGUGACUGCGAUUGGAGAGGGGGUGACGAGCUGCCACGUCGGACAGCGCGUGGCUUACGCCGGGCGACCGGUCGGCUCCUACGCAGAGGAGCGGAUCAUGCCGGCCAACCGUGUCGUCCCGGUCCCUGACGGCAUCAGCGACGAGAUGGCAGCGGCCAUCAUGCUGAAAGGGAUGACGGCUCACAUGCUCCUGAUUGAUGUGUACCCAGUCAAAGCUGGUCAGUUCAUAUUAGUCCACGCGGCGGCAGGAGGGAUGGGCAUUCUUCUCUCACAGUGGGCGCGCUCGCUGGGCGCGAUCGUCAUCGGCACUGUGUCUUCGGAAGCGAAGGCGAAGGUGGCGAUGGAGAACGGCGUCAGCCAUCCGAUCAUUUACACGUCGGAGGAUCUCGUCCAGCGUGUCAAGGAGAUCACGCAGGGGAAGGGAGUCUCCGUGGUCUACGAUGGAGUGGGAAAGGACACAUUCAUGGGGUCGUUGGAUUGCCUUGCGCCACGUGGCAUGCUCGUCAGCUAUGGUCAGGCCUCUGGCAGUCCGCCGCCGUUCCACGUCAGCGAGCUGGGGAAACGGGGAUCACUGAGCUUAUCUCGGCCAGCGCUGUUCGACUACAUAGUGAUGAGGGAAGAUCUCGUGUCGAGAGCGGAGGCAGUUUUCUCCAUGGUGCUUUCGGGAGCGCUAAAAGUCAGUGUGCCCCAUCGCUAUCCACUGGCGGAGGCCAGCAGGGCCCACGAGGAUCUGGAGGCCAGGAAGACGACAGGCUCCGUAGUUCUUCUACCUUGAGAGACGAGAGAAAGAGGGAGGGAGGGAGGGGGGGGGAAGAGGGGAUGGGUGUGGUUGUGUGCAGAGCUCAACAGUCUGACGAAGGAGGGGGGUAGUAGUGGGAGGCGGAGGAGGUGAUGGAUGUACAAAGUCGAGUCGUGGUGCGUAGUCGACGUCUGCUUUGGCCCAGCAGUCGGCCGAGGGCUAUCAUACCAUCAUCAUUCAUCCAACUACGACGACGACGACGACGACGACGACGACGAUGAUGAUGGUUAUGAUGAUGAUGAUGAGGAUGAGGAUGAGGAGGAGGAUGACGAGAAGAAGGCCAGGUUAGCAGGAAGUAUGUGCUCUGCUGUUUUGCUCGCAGGAAGAUAGGUGAACGGGAAAAAAAAGAAAGGAAGGAAGAUCGGAGAAUUCUGUGAAUCGUCGACGUAUUUGCGGAAGGGAGGAGAGAGGGCAGGAAGGGAUUGAUAGAGGGAUAAAUCUGUUUUCUCUCUUUCUUUUUUGUCCCUUGAGCGCCCGUCAACGGAACGGAUUAAACCCAACUUACAGAUCCACGAAAUAGAACUAGGAAUAUAAAUACAAAUAUAAAUACAAAUAUAAAUAAAAAUAGAAAUAGAGGCGAAAUCGAAGUAGAAAUAGAAAUAGAAAUAGAAAUAGGAAUAGAAAUAGGAAUAGAAAUAGAAAUAGAAAAAGGGUUUAGUGAGGAGAACGGACGGGAGUAGAGAUACUGUGUGAUAUCGGCUCCGUGCAGCGGAAAGCUGUGACGACGUUGGAAAAACAAACAGAAUAGGGGAAAAAAAAAAAAAAAAGUAGUAAGAGAGUGAGUGCGAUGUAUUUGUUGCUCAUCUUCGGGAAAAGGAGGACUGGACUAGAAAAAAAAGAAAGGAAAAAUAAAUAAAUGGAAAACGAUAAAAACUGUAAAGAUAGUAAUGCCACUUGAGUUUGCUUGUAAGCUUUACCUCUUCUCUUCUUCUUUUUCCCUUUUCUUCUUUUUCUCUUUUCUUCUUUUUCUUUUUUCUUCUUUUUCUGUUUUCUUCUUUUUCUGUUUUCUCCUUUUUCUGUUUUCUUCUUUUUCACGGUCAGCACGUGGAAGAAGAGGUAGCUAUCGGAGAGAGGCUAGGGCAAGUGGAUUGUCUCCUGACGGGUUAUAUGAGCGCGCAACGCGCUCAAACAUGCAGGGAAUGGUACUUGGACUCGGUUUGUUAAUGGAGUUGUUUUUCUUGGGUGUGCAAAGGCGAACUUGGCCAGGGGUUAUGACUAUAUUCGUUUCUGGUCUUUGGCUUUCUUUGAUUGGAACAAAGCGAGUGACUUGUU